UUGUGAUCUUCCGCAUUAACCACGUGCUGCGGAGUCUCAGCGUCCUUGUGUACGGCCGUCUCUUAUUGGUGGAACCGCGGAGUCGCAUGUCAAUUACGUCAUUGCGACAAUCUACACGAGGAGUCGUUGUUGCCAGUUAAGCUAAUCAUGGCCAAAAACAAGUCAAAGGGUCAAAAGCAGAAGAGCGUGUUUCAGAUCGCCAACAAGCCCAUGAAGAAGAAAAAUAAGGCGAAGUCUGUCACCACCAGCCUGAAACAUAUCAAUGCCAUGAAGAAUGAAAAGGUGGACAGCCUGAAUAAAAUAUUCACUGAUGUCCAGUGCGAAAUGCAGAGCGUGUCGAAGUGCACGGCAGACAAAGAACCCAAACACACACCGCAGGUUGCUAGGGAACCGCCGGGAGAAGCAGCCAAUGUGGACAGCGCAGCCCAGCUCCUGUCCCAGCUGUAGCCAGGAGGCAGUCCCUAAAGCCAUGUGGGUUUGGGAUUGUUCCCCUUCCCCAAAAGAAGGAGAUACCGACUCUCAGAGGCACGGCAAUGUCCCAGAGGAACCCACCGGUUAGCUGGAUGACGUGGACCCUCUGCAGGGAAUGAUCAGUGCAGUUUGGACAUGAAAGAUAUUUACCGAACUUGAAUUAAUGUACAAAACACCACCUUAUCCUUCAGCGUCUCAUGAAAAUGGGAUGAAAUGGUAACAUCAGGCCUACAUGUGUAAGAUGUUAGAGAUGUGUGCAAUAAUCAGUGAGGUGUACUGCACUGAAUCUACUCUGUGGAUCCUGAAGUCAUAGCAAGAUGCACGUCAACUGCUUGUGUGAAUUAGCUCUGUUUUUUUUUUUUUUUACAUAAGUUUUACAUACUUAGCAGCUCAAUCUCUCAACUGCCAUAGAUAAUCUACAAAACUUUAUUGAACCCCGAGGGUUAAUUCUGGUGCACACAGCAGCAAGGUACGUAGUGUAAUGCAAAACAAAAUACACAGACUGCACCUACUGCAACCUAAAAGGUACACAAAUACUUGAAAACAGAAUGUUUGGUAUAUACUUGUACGACUGCUUCAGAAGUCAGGAUGUAAACUGCUUUUAUAAAACAUAGAGAGAUGUGCAUCAUUCUUAACCUGCUUACUCUACAGGCGUCGUUGCGUAGCGAGUAAAGGCCAAUUCAUGCUUCCCUUUUCCCACGUGUAUUCUCAGUUGCGAGUGAAGGGACCUGACGUGAUUUUCAUCAACAUGGCUGGUUGCAGUCGGUGGGCGUGUAGCCCAGAUAGAUUUUUACUACUUUUAUUUUUUAAGGAGGCUGGAUGACUAACCUCGCAGUUGAAGGUUUGAUGCCCACAAGGGGGCUCAAUAACAUUCUGGCUGAUUGGCUUGAUGGUGCUCUGCUUUGCUCCGAUUUCUGCUUUGCACACUCUUGCCAUUCUCUCGAUGAGCUUCAAGAGGUAGUCACCUGAAUUGGUUUUCCAACAGUCUUGAAGGAGUUCCCAGAGGUGUUUAGCAAGUGUGCAAAGCAGUAAUCAGAGCAAAGGGUGGCUAUUUUGAAGAAACUAGAAUAUAAAACAUGUUUUCAGUUAUGUCACCUUUUUUUGUUAAGUACAUAACACAUGUGUUCAUUCAUAGUUUUGAUGCCUUCAGUGAGAAUCUACCAAUGUCAUAAAUGGUCAUAAAAAUAAAGACAGCACAUUGAAUGAGAA